CUGCAUCCGGGCAAAACAAUCAACUAACAAACCACAACUUGAACGAAAUCAACUGCGCGAGUCUCUUUACUGGUCUUUCUGUCUACUAUCACAACAAAACCAUUUUGUAGUACCACAGAACUGUUUCGUCUUUCUGUUGCGAGUGUCUAGUCCGCAGCGAGCGACCGCCUCUCUUCCCGCCUCUUCCACCGCAUUUCGAUUCGACCAUCCAAACUUCCUCCCACGGUCUACUGGCAGCCGUCGUCCACAACAUGCUACAGACUGCAUAAUAGAACACAUAGACCCUUCAACCGUCCACGCACGCAUUCUAGACCUCUUACCACUCAACCUGCAUCCAACCUUCCCCCCUGCGCCAGACCGUCAGACCAGCGGAGAUGACGGUUUUAUCUCCACCGGCUUCCCCAGCGACGCCCUCGCGUAAACGACGCUCGCUCCGGUUAUCACACGCCGAAAUUUCCUCGCAAGAAGCCAUCUCGACGAGUCCCUACACCAGCGGCACGACCAAUGGCACGGCCUACUCCCGACGAUCGUCGCGAACUUCUCAGACUUCGUUCCAACCACGAUCUCCGGUGACGCCACGUCCAAUGUCAUCCAAGUCGUCCAGACCGCCUUCGUUCUCACAGCAACGUCGAUCGAGUAGGACGAGCAUUCACAGCGACCGGAGCAUCGAACAUUUACAAGAGAACGGGCUGGGGAACUUGGCGGACGAGUUGGAACAGGCCUGGGACGACGAGGGGGACGGACAGUCAGGGUUUCUCGAGGGGCUAAGAGAAGGUGAUGUGGCAGAGCAGGACUCUUCCAUACUGCGGGAUCUACACAGUCCCUACGAGAUGAACGACAUGCACGAUUUUGGGUUUGGAAUGGUGUUGCAGCAGCAGCAGCAACACAGCGGACUGUCAUCUACUACACCAGCAGACUCGCUACUCGAACCAACGAACGAGCCGUCUUCCGUGUCUUUGCACAAGAAACCAUCCAUAUUCACCCACAAAAGACACGAGUCUGCAUACGACGGAUCCGAUUACGGGCCCGAAUCAGACGUCGAAGCAGAAGGACAAGACGAGGACUCAUCCUCCCUCCCGCCCAUUCUCCGAAAGCGGAUUCGCGACAUCGAGAAUCUGACCCGACUAAGCAUGAAUCCAGAAGACGCACUAGGCGAAGAGGGCGGGGUUGUCAAAAGGACGAUACAAGGGCUGAAAGACCUAGGUCCGCAAGGCAACAUUGAAUACGGCGUGACACGCUUAAUCACGGCCUACACAUCCAUGGCGUCGCACCGCACCCACAAGACCCGCGACCUGUUCACGCAAAGCCAUUCGCUCAUGUACGGGGCCAGUAUGCUGCAGCUUCCAGAGGAGAUGAUUGAUUUGCUUUUGGACGAGAUCAACGCCCUGACGGACACGCUGCCAUUUCUGCGGCCCCAGAACCCCUUGCUGUCUCUGCAGAUCCUGGCCUCUCAGACCCAAGAGCUAGGCCAGACUUUGCGGUCCCUCACGGAUUUACUGCAGGAGUCACGCCUCGUGGCCAACGCCGCCACCCGCAAACUCAAAUCGGUUCGUGACAUGGUCGGCGACAUGACGCUCGAGGACGAGCUCGUGCAGAAUUCCAUCCUGUUGAUCCAGGCCGGCGACUGGGAUCGAAGGUGCAGGACUCGCCAAGCUGCAAAAACGUGUCAGGAAGUCUGUGAAGGGUUUGCGGCGCGAUGGGGCCUCGAUGUCGACGUCGACUUGACGAAUCCCAACAGAAACCCGCCGCAAAAGCCGCCAUCAGAAGUCGCUGUACCAGGUUGAUUUUUGUUUCAGGCCGACACACAACUUGCUGGCCUUCUCCUGUGCUUUCUUUCUCUCCAAGAACGGAGUCGGCAUGCGAGAAGAGAAAAUCAUUAUAGCGUGGAGUGCAGCGGGUAGCCAGGUUUCUCUUUUUGUUUGGUUCUCUGGGAUUGGGUUUCAUUACUGUGCGUCCGCGGAACAAGGGUCAUUACGGGUUUACUUGGAAACGGCAUUCUUCCUACAGUACUAUACUCUGUAUUGCAGUGGCGUUCUGGCAUGUGAUACGCACACACGAACCCGGCGUCUGUUACCGACCUGGGCCGUUGAGGUAAAUCCAGGUAGUCGUAGUCGACUGAGUCGGUCUCAACGACUGGCUGCAGUGGCUGGCUGGCUGAUAGUAAAUAUAAUGAAUGACCUGACUACGACUGACACAGACA